UAAGCAUCAUCGGCAUUUACUGUUAUCUGUCUCGGAUGCAAGAACGAUAAAGAGAUUGCGGGGACUCCGCAUUUCAGGGAUAUAAAUCCAGGCUAUACUAUACACGGCAAUUUGAAGAGAUGAGCAUCGUGUGCAAGAUAAGUGAUGAGGUUACACCUGAGAAGGUCUGAACAUCCUACGACCAUCAAGUUAAUACAAAUAUAUCCAAAUGGACGUGUUUGAAUCCCUCAUCUCACCAACACUGGCACUCAUCAAGCCUGCUACUUUAUUUAUAUAUUCCAUUUCGUCUUAACUUGCAUUGUCAUCAUGGCUACUCAAGGGAAAGAUUCCAGCGAACUCAGCAACAGUAUCAACACCACAGUGUCAAGCGAUAUAAAGGCAGAGGCCUCUGAGCAAGGGCAAAUCGCAUUGACCAGACUCGACCCCUAUGGCAACCCUCUGGUUCCUCCUUUGACUAGCGAUCCUCAGGAUCCCAUGAACUGGCCCUUGUGGCGAAAGUAUGUCUGCAUUCUGAUAGUGUGCAUGGCAUACUUCAUGUUCACAUACUUCUCUACCAUAACCAUCCCUUCCUUUGCCUUGUUGCAGAAGCAAUUUGACGCCACAUAUACGGAGGUCAACUGGACAUUUGCGAUAUCCAACCUCGGCCUUGCUGUCGGACCGCUUUUUACUGGUAGUUUAGGAGACACAUAUGGCAGACGAUCAGUCAUGAUUUUUGGUUGCAUUAUUGCACUCGUGGCUUCUGGAUGCACCUCGAUUAAGACCAUCAGCCUGAAUGGGUACAUGACAGCAAGGUUCUUCCAGGGUUUGGGGUGUGCGCCUGCCUCCAAUGUUGGGCUUUCUAUUAUCAACGAUAUCUCAUGGGAGCACGAAAGGGGUCAGCGUAUUGGCCUUUGGACGAUGGCAAUAGGUGCCGGAGGCUUCCUUGGAGCCAUUGUUGGUGCGUUCUUAGCAACAAUCAACCAAUACUGGGCCGGAUAUCAUGUUGCUAUAAUGUUCGCGGUAUUACUGGUGUUGGAGUGUUGUUUCUUGCCAGAGACGCUCUAUCCUCGCGAAUUAGUUGUCCAAGCUGAGAUGAAUCAAAUUCAAAUUGACGAUACUGGUCUUAAGCGGACGACUCAGUUGGGUUAUUUUAGCCUAAAAAAAGUUCCUGGCGUGCCUCAUCCCAAACCGUGGCAUGGGCUCGUACAGUUUUGCAAGCUUUGGACUUAUCCCACAGUUGUCAUAAGUCUCUGCGCAUACCUUUUUGGCCAAUACUGGUGGAUCUGUUCCCUACUAACCAUGGAACCUGCCGCCUAUGAAAACUAUUCACUGCAGGUACAAGGUCUACUAUUUAUUAGUCUACUGGUUGGGGUUGUUGCAGCUGAAAUACUUUGCUCUGGACGAUUGAGCGAUCGGAUUAUGGCGAUCCUAGCCAAGCGCAAUAAUAACCAAAGAGUUCCGGAAAUGAGAUUGUGGCUGGGCUAUCCAGCGGCUAUUAUCUCCGCAGUUGGUCUUCUUCUGUGGGGACUGUCUGUUGACAAUCACUGGCACUGGAUGGUAGGACAAGUUGCCUUCUUCUUAUAUGCAUUUGGAUUCCAAACUGGUAAUACUGUGGUAUCAUCAUAUCUCGUCGACAACUACCCCGAACACGCGAAUGAAGUGAUUACAUUCUAUGCGGUAGUUCUCAACCUCUCGGCUUUCGCUGAUCCUUGGUUCAUCAAUAUUUGGGUUGACGCAACAGGAUACACUUGGUCGUUCGCUGCUCAGGCUAUUAUUUGUGUGGGUCUGGUUAUCCCCGCAUACGCUGUAUUGCAGAAGUUUGGUCCUCGUCUUCGUAAACCGAUGCGUUUAGAGCAUACUUCGCUAGAGUCUGUUAUGCCCUAGAAGUUUAUGAAGCGGUCGUUGUAUGGCAAUGUAAAGAUAUAUAUAAUUGAAAGAGCAUUGAUAAGG